AUGGCUUAUUUACUUAGUCUUGAUCUUUCAGUUUGGAACUCACAAGAUAUUCCUACUGCUAAAAUGAAAGUUGAGACAAUGCGAGAGCAUUUACCAAAUCCAAUUCGAUUCAUAAUUGAUCAUAUCUCGUCAUGGUCUGAGAAUCAAAUUAAUAAACCAAGCUGUGAGAAUUUAUACCAGAAUUAUAUUACAUGGUGUAGUGGUAACGGAGAAAAGCCAUUAACUAGUAGAGUUGCGGGAAAGAAGUUUUCACAAAUUGGGGUUGACGAAAGCAGGUACGAAUUAAUGGAAGAAGAAUUUUCAGACAACUCGCAAGAUAACCCACCAAUUAAUAAUUCGACGUAUAUUCCGAUAUUCAACAUCCCGAAAUUGUGUCGUCUCAACCAGAAAAAGAAAUCUGUAGAGCCAGCUGAGAUUAUUGAAGCUAGCGAUGAUCAUGACUCACUAGAGACCACAAAAAAAUCUGAAUACGAAGUAUUCUGUUCUGCAAAAGAAAUCGAAUUAAUAUUGCUACCUCCCUGUGAGAAGCGGGAAAAACGUUUAAGAGAAUGGGCCAUCGAUCAUGGUGAAGACCCCGACAAAUUUAUGACGAUAACUGAGAAAGAUAGAGCCUUAUCAAGGAUAUACCGAGAUAGAAUGAUAUCCAAUGCAGAAGUAAUCGAGCGAGAGCGAUUGAUAAGUGAAGAGAUAGAUCUACGUGAAUGGGGGAAUGCUCGAUUAUAUGUUUAUAAUGACGAAGAGGCGACCAGGAGGGCUCAAGAGUUCUUUUUCCACAGUUUUCGGCCCCCACAGGCCAAGCUACAUACAUGGCCGUCGCUUAUACAUGACCGUUGUGCAUUGCAGGCUCGCCACAUCCAUACCUACUCAGAUGCCACGGAUGCCCUGAAAACUGGAGUAAGAAACGUAAAAGAGAACAUAAAAGAGGGUGUAAAGACGGAUUUGUCUGCUUGGAAGACUGUAAAGUGGAUUGGCACUGGGAUUUGCUUAGUAUUAUUUGACCUCGGCUUUGCCAGCUGGUACAACCGUCGGAAUGAGAGGAUUCUCCUUCAUGCCUUUGAACAUGGUUCCUGUCCAGAACCUGAUGUUAAGCAGAAACAAUUGAUUAACCGUGAGGUUGUUAUCAAGAAACUGAGACAAAUUCUCAAGCCGAUCUCUGAUGAUACUAAUACUUAUCAUGUCAUUGUUGGAAACCAUGGAACUGGGAAGACCACAGUGGUCCGGCAGUGUGCUAGAGAUGUUGGAAAAGGGGUCAUUUAUGUUGAUGUCCCACCAGUAUUGGAUAAUUUCAUUAAUAAUCUUGCAGAUGCUAUUGGAUUCAAGGAGCAUGUGUCCAUCACUGAAUCAUUGAAACGGAAGAUUCUAGGCAAUAGUGAGUCUGCUGAACAGCCCAGAUUCUCUCGUGUCCUGGAUGCCUUUGAAAGAGGAGCUAGAAAAUACAAGGCAAAUAAUGGCAAACCUCCAGUUUUGAUCCUUGACAACAUAAGUAAGCUGGGCCAGAAAAAUGUGGACAUGUUGGAGGAUCUGCAGGACAUUGCAAAACUCUAUGCUGACCAGAGCAGUUGUGUCAUUGUGUUUGUUAGUAGUGAGGGAACAGUACCAUGCAUUAUGAUGCAACGAUCAUCAUGGUCAUGUGCUAAUCAAGAACCCUUUGUUAUUGGAGACCUAACUAAUAAAGAGGCAUUCACCUACCUCCAUGAAAAACUUGGUAUUGAGGAAGAGGUCACCAAUCAACUCAUCCAACUUGUAGGUGGCCGGAUUCAUGAUCUCAAGACAUAUGGUGAUAGGAUAAAACAAGGUGUGACAUUUGAAGUGGUUCGUAAAAUUGCACUCAGUACUGUCAGUCACAACUUUCACCAGGCUCGAAUGAUGAAGGGCCAAAGAAAUCAUGUCAUUGGCAAGCUUGUCAUCCAGGAGUUGAUGAAAAAUGAAAAAAUCCAUUUUGAUGCAUUCAUCGAGUUUGUUAACAAUGAACAAAUAGCUGAUGAACUGCUACAGGCCAAUGUUUUCUCAUAUAACCCAGAAAGUGGGUUUGUCACCUUCCAGUCUCAUGCAACAGAAGUUUUUGUGAGAGAGAGACCAGAAUUUUCAUUGAGUUAG